AAGGAAAAUAUAACAUUGUUCUUCAGAAAGGCAGGUGAUGAGGACCAUACAGAAAGCAUAUUCAGGGCAUCAUGCAAACUCUUUACCCAGGAUAUAGCUGGUGUCGUUGUAGUUUUGGUGAUCAGUCUGCCACUGUUGUGCUCUGAGUAAAUUGUGCCUCUCAAGCGAGAGUCAGAACUAGUUUAACUAUUUAACUACAAACAGAGGAGGGUGUUUGCUCUGGGGUUUCACUAUCAAGAAGACUGAGGGUCAGGUUUUCAGAGGAGGGUGUUUGCUGUGGGGUCUUUAUGUAGGAGAAUGUUGGUGACUGGACUGAGUAGUCAGUAACCACACCCACAGCUUUUAAAUACGGGCUUGUGAAACAACCCUCUCUGUCACACACACCUGCAACACCAGGGUCGGUCUGGAACAGAGGAAUAGAGAUUAACUUAACAUUGGUCUGUCACAUCACGUCUUUCCUGUCUGUUGGAAGGUUAGAAGAUGGCUGUGAAUAAGUGUAUCAAGUACUUGGUCUUCCUCUUCAAUCUACUGUUCUGGAUCAGUGGCUGCAUUAUUCUUGGUGUCUCCAUCUACCUCAAAGUGAGCAAGAAUGGAAACGUGAUAAUGGAUGAGGCAGUGCCGUUUGUAGACCUGCUGAUAGCUGUUGGCGUCAUCAUCAUGGUACUGGGCUUCCUGGGCUGCUGUGGAGCCAUUAAGGAAAACCGAUGCAUGCUCAUUCUGUUCUUCAUCGGGCUGCUCCUCAUCUUCAUCCUCCUGUUGAUCGCCGGAAUCCUGGGAGCUGUCGGAGAGAAGAAGUCUCAGGUGUGGGUGAAGGAGAGUCUGGCGAAGCUGCUACCACUCAGUGACCAGAAGCCUGAAGUUCAAACGGACUUGCAGAAACUGGAAGUGGAGGCAAAGUGCUGUGGACUGAUCAACGGACCCUCUGACUGGGGCUCCACUGUCCCCAGCUCUUGUGACUGUGUUGACUCCGCUCAGGCGUGCCAAAGUGCAAAUGGACGCCAAGUGUACUCAACGCCUUGUGUCAAGUUUGUGACUUCCUUCAUGGAGAAGAAUGCAGUCAUCGCGCUGGGGAUUGCAUUUGGUAUCGCAGUCUUGAUGCUCUUUGGAAUGGCCUUCGCCAUGACCCUGUACUGCCAGAUUGGGAAGAGGGACGCCAACACUGCCUAAUGCAGCUACACGUGAUGCACUUGAUCUGGGGUUGUGGUCAAGGUGAAUUAGAAGUCAUCAAUUCAGGAAGUCAACUGAAAUUCCAAUACAAUAAAUUAUUUUUUUUUUUUUCCAAAGAUUUCUCAAACUGAAAAGCAGACGUUAUUUAUUCCAAGUUUUUACAUUCGCAAUGUUAAAUACAAUUCACUUCCUCAAUUGACUGACUUCAAUUCAAAUUGACCCCAAUCAUGACUUGAUCAAAAGCUGGCUUUGACAUAUCCCAUACAGCAAUGCUGCUUGCAACAUGUACUUGAUACUGAACGUUAGGGUUCAAAUCUCGUCCAAUCAGAAAGUACACUGAAAUUCCAGUUCUCUUCAAUCACGAACAUUUGGAAUUAGGUUUGCUUUGUGAAUUGACUGGACUGGACUGGAAAUGGACUGGACCCCCCCCAACCUGCAGAACGUCGCUAUGGACCACAAUACAUCAUGUUUUUCUCCAUCAUUUACCUGCAUCAAAUGAUGCUCUGAUUUAGAUUUCAGAUCUUUGUUAAAUUAUGGCAGUUUCUUCACUUGUGAGGUUGAUUGGUCCAUAUGUCAUUGAACAUGAAUUAGUGUGUUUUUUUUCUUUUAAAGGAGCUCUGUUUCAUUGUGUACUGCUCUACGUCUCUCUCUGAAUGGGAGGCUUCGCUGUCAUACACUGAACUGUGUAUUAUUCAUGCUGAAAUGUUGAACUUUUCCCCCCCCGUUUUAUUGCUAUCAUCUCGUAGAUAUUAAAGUCUGACGGUAAAUAUUGAUCACGCUGUAUAUACAUUUACCUGUUAUAUAGUUGAGUUGUAUAAUGAUUGCAGUACAUGUCAGAAUGUCUUCUGUUCAAGGUCUGUGACCAAUGUCUUUAUGGCUGUUCCCCUUUUUCAGGCACAUCAGAAAUAAAGAAGUAGGAACUCA